AUGGAAGUUUACGUCGACGACAUGAUUGUUAAAAGCCAAGACGCGGGAGCCCACCUGGCCGAUCUGGCUGAGGCGUUCGCCACACUACGCAAGUACGGCAUGAGGCUCAACCCCGCGAAGUGCGCCUUCGGUGUUACCACGGGAAAGUUCCUCGGGUUCAUCAUACACGAAAGAGGAAUUGACGCCAACCCGGAGAAAGUCCAGGCGAUAAUCAAUAUGCAGUCACCUCAGAUGAUCAAAGACCUACAACGCCUUAACGGGAGGCUUGUCGCCAUGUCCCGUUUUCUUGCCCGAUCAGUCUCUCCGGGGGAGAAGCUAGGCAUCUACCUGGCUGCCUCCCAGCACGCAGUCAGUUUCGUCCUGGUCAAGGAAAAUUCUGGCGAACAGCUUCCAGUCUACUAUGUCAGCCACGUCCUUAACGGGCCCGAAGAACGAUACCCACCAAUCGAGAAGCUGGCACUUGCGCUCGUGCUAUCCGCCCAGAAGCUACGCCCAUACUUCCAUGCUCAUCCGGUGGAGGUCAUUACUGACCAGCCGCUUCGGCAAAUCUUAUCCAAAUUUGAUGUUGCAGGACGUCUUCUCAAGUGGGCGGUGGAGCUCGGCGAGCAUGACGUACAAUACGCGCCCAGGACCGCCAUCAAAGCCCAGUCCAUGGCCGACUUCAUCGCAGAAUUAACCCAGAUCGAGGACGAAGGUCUCGAACAACCUCCCGAGGCCUGGGUCCUGCACGUCGACGGAUCGGCCAACUCAAAAGGCAUCGGCGCGGGGUUGGUGCUGCAAGCUCCCGACGGGCGAUCGUUCGAGCGUUCCCUCCGCUUCGAGUUCCAGGCCACCAACAACGAGGCGGAAUACGAGGCGCUCCUAGCAGGACUCAGGCUGGCCCUUGAGAUGCAGGUGGUCGCCAUCUGUGUCCUCACCGACUCACAGCUAGUAGCCGAGCAACUCAACGGAGGAUACGAGGCUCGGGACACGACCAUGGCGAAGUACCUGGCACAAGUAAUAAACCUAACCGCCAAGUUCCCUCAUUUUACAUUAUUUAACGUCCCAAGGGGAGAGAACGAGCAUGCCGACAUGCUAGCUAAGCUGGCAUCAAAGCCAGCCCUUGAAGUCGGGCCCGAGGUCGAGGAGCUACCUGCCCGUGCCAUCGAAAUCGCAGCGGCGAUCUCGGGUGGCGCGCCUACCUCCUGGGUACAAGAAUUGCUGUGCUUCAAACAGGACGGGACUCUUCCGCCCGACAAAGCGAAGGCUCGGCGCCUGCGUCGCAUGCAUGCGUGGUAUACCGAGGUGGGUAGACGGCUCUACAAGCGGUCUUUCUCAUACCCCCUCCUACGGUGCUUGGAGCCCGACGAAGCUCAGAAAGUCCUAGCUGAGGUCCACGAGGGGAUCUACGGGGAACAUUUCACCGGUAAAAGGUUCCGGGAGUUCUGUGCCAACCACGGCAUCCAGCUACGGUUCAGCUCGGUGGCCUACCCUCAGACGAACGGGCUGGCGGAGGUAACCAAUCGGUCCAUCCUAGACGGGCUCAAAAGAAGAGUGUCCGCAGCCCGAUCGGCCGGCGUCUUAUGGUCGCUACGCACCACUCCCAAGACCGCGACUAGAGAGUCCCCUUACAGCCUCGCGUUCGGAACCGAAGCUAUCCUAUCGCCCGAAGUAGCCAUUGCCACCCUUCGGACAGGAGGCUAUGACGAGAAGGUUUCGAAUGAAGGACUUUGA